CCCAGCUGGGUCUGUGCGGGGAGAGCCCUUCCCUAGGGCUCCUCUGUGCCCAGCCGGGGGGACUUUCUCCGGGGGCUGGAACCAGCCCCUGGGGCAGCCCCCGGCUCUGCCGACACCAGCUCCUGAGCCGGAGCCUGCAGAUUUAAAAUAUCUCUGGGUCAAGAACUUUCUCUUCCUAUGCGAAUUUCUGGCUUGAAACUUGGGAGACCUGCGUUCAAUUCCCUGCUAUGUCACAGACUUCUUGUGUGAACUUGGGUCUCCCUCUCCCACAGAAUGGACAAGUGCCAGGGAAGUCUGAAAAUUUUGUCAGGAACAUGCCCAUGCUCCAUGAAAGAGCCCAACCAACUAUUAUUCCUGGAGGGCCGUGGCAUCAAGGUGGAAUACAGGCUGGCCCACCAGGGCUCCUCAUCCUCAAGAAGUAGCAAAAUGUCCAGCCAUUUUGUAUCUACGCAGGACACGAAUAUGAGGAAAUUAGUAGGGGUGAGUGUGUAUAGUUUCUCUUGCGAUGUGGCUGAGAGGCUCACUGACUGGAUCAAUAUGAGUCGGCUGAAAUGGGAGAUUCAAAGUGAUGGGUGGGAGCUGAUGUGGCAGAGGCCUGACAGCAUGCUCCAGAGAGCCAGGGGAUACGGGCAGGUGGGGAACACCUUGUCCAAGAAUAGCCAUAGAGGCAGGGGACAGGGCAGCUUUUACCUCCUGGAACUCACAGUGGGGGACAUUUGGGGUGGGCUGUGCUAUAUACUGGGCAAGCAUACUAGGGUCCAUUCAAUUCUGCGAACCAUAGUUGAGAAGGUCACUGACUUGGGUGACACCAGCCGCGAAGACCAGCCUCUUGUGCACCAAGGGAGCUUCCCACGCUCCCCAUGCAACAAGAUGUGGAUUGUGCAACAGGAAUUCAGGAAGGAGGUCUCCAACCUCGGCAAAUGUGACAGAUCUGGUUGUAGAGAACUUGCAGGGCCUGAGGAGAUAACUGUCAGUUCACAGAGAUUUGGAAGAGACAUCUCAGAUGGAGGACAGCAGGCUGCUGGUCAUAUCAGAAUACUCUGAGGCAGUGGAGGAAGGCAUAAGACCACAAGACUAUAAAAGUGGCCCUGGAGGACACCACUGUUUGCACCAAUUCCUCAGGGCAUGAAGGUUCCUUUUCUGCACCAGCAGGAUGCACACAGCCCUCCUGCAUGACAGGAGGGUUCUGCCCAGAUGAUGGCAAGGUCCAAACCAAGGCCAGCCCAGAAUGUGCGGUAGAACUGCAUAGUCAGCCAUCUAUGCCUGCAGAUUUUGUUAAUGGGCAUGAAACAGAGGCCUUCUGAGAGUUUGGCCAGAGUGAGAGGAAACUAGCUGGUCUCACUCACACAUGCUGACUAUCAGGAGUUCAUUCUGCAGGGCCACUCAGAUGUUAGAAUUGGUCGAUCUGGGCAAAAAAGUUUCAUGUAGAAAGCUCUCGCCCUUUAUCACAUCUGCUCCAGAUCCACAGGAGGUGUGGCAUCGUCUGCUAGGAGACAGGUCACGUGUUUUUUUGCCAAAGUACAUCUCCUAAAGGGGUUCGAUACAUGAUCAAACAAAAGCAAGUUGGGCCCAGUGUUCAAGGACCCAAAGCUCAUCCCAUUUUUCUCAACACUCUCUGCGGAGGGACAGAUUCUUGGGGUUGGUAGCCAUGCAUAUCUCCACCGACAUGACUUUCUGUUUGAACUACUCCAGCUCUACUUCCAUCACUGCUCCAUCCCUCCUCCAGCUGCUUGUCAGUGGCCCAGGCCAUAGGCAGUCAGUCCUUGUGGUCAGAGUAAGAAUCAGGCCUAGCUGUUGAAGUCCGAAUGCCAAAGCCAAAGGUCAAGAUGUGAGGAGUCAGAGACAAGAGCUGGAAUUGGAUUACCAGAGUCAGGGAAGGCAGGACCAGGGCUGUUUCUGGACAGGAGAGGAACAAGACUGGGUGCAGGGUAGGAGCUGGACUGGAGUUGUGGAAGAGUGAACCAGGAGCAGAGCUUGGAGUGAUGAGAACAAGGAGGUAGACAAUCCAUGGCCAUGUGCGUUGAGCAGUUAGUCAGCUAUUCCUGCUGCUGGGCUUAAGAACUGGCCUUCUAGCUUCCUUAACCAAUUGCCUGAAGAAAAUCACCCUCAGACUGCUCCAAAGUGUGUGUGUGUCUGUCUAUAUAUAUAAAAAAAAUUUACUUUAUUUUUUAUAGUUAACUUAAACAAAGCACAUACCUCAUAAUGACUCCUAGUGGGUCACAAUAGUAACUCUUAGGGUGGUCACUAAUUUGUCUAGUUUUAAAAAGCAUUUUUUGUUGUAAUAACCUAUGUUGGGGGCACUUAAAACCAAGGUCAGCUGUUUACAUAUUCAUUUUAUUUUUAUGGUGCAUUAACUCUUUUUUCCAUUCUGAUUAGCAAAACUGCAAACAUGGCUUUGCCUCUGUGGCUGUUUAUUCUGUUCUUAACAAUAGUAUCGACCAAUUUCCCUGGUACUGCAGUUAAUCUUGCCCACCUGUAAUUACUGGGAUUGCCUCUGGAGCCUCUUAAAAAAAUUGGCCUCACAUUAGCCAUUCCUCAGUCAUUUGGUAUGGAAACUGAUUUAAAUGAUAGGUUCUAUACCACCGUUGUUAGUUCUGAAGGAACUCAAAUAUGAAAUUGCAGAAUUCUUGAUCAGGAAUAUUUGUUUGUGCCUACUAACUUUGGGUAAAUCACACUCCUGAAGUAACUGCCAGUUUUGAGAGAAUACAGUUUCCAAACUGCACAGGGAUAACUGAAGGAAUGCAUGUGCCCACAGUAUACCCUCCUCAAGGAUCCCAAGGGGAUGUAAACUGCAAAGGGUACUACUCUAUUGUUAGGGAGGCCUUCUGUUGCCAACUAAGCAGAGCUCUGCUAAUCAGUAGUACUUGUUGUUUUGCAAUACAACUGUAUAGGGUAGGGGUUCUCAAACUGGGAAUCUCAAUCCUAAUAGUUCUCCAGAAGUUGUCCCAUAUUGCCCAACACUGACCUCUGUGGUUACAAUUAUGAACUCCACUGUCAAGGGAUCAUGGGGACCAGAAGCCACACACAACCUUUUAAAACACCAUGUAUUUUUGACAUGUUUUUUUCUGAUUGCCCAGCUUGGCAAGCACACCUAGCAGCUAACUCUCCCUUGUUGUAUGCAAUUGCCCAUGCUAAUUACAUACACUAGACAUGUUCCUGCAUGGAGUAGACAGAAGGUAUUGGAAAUUGUCAUGUCCCCAUUGCUGCAGUUCAUCCUGUGGGUCUGCAAAUAUAUAUCGCAUUAUUCAUCAUUAAUGCUGUGCAGACUCCAUGCUUUUGUCAAAGGAGGCGGAUAGUGAAAGUGCUAUGGGGGUAAACAUGGCCCUAGUAUCAAAAAACCAAGUAUAAAUUCAAUGAAGUAAAUCAAUUUAAAACUAUAAUUUGACUUGAUAUUAAAAAUUUUAAACAAAAAAUGAAAUUGGACAAAACUAGAUACGUUGGAUGUGACAAUUGAGUUUAAAUCAGUGUCAAAUUAACAAAAAUCUAGCAAAACCAUUAAUACGUUUCUUACUUUGUCUAAAGAAGUAUUCUUAAGCUAAGCAUGAUUCUUAAAGGAAAUUCAGUCAUAUGAUUAUUACAGCUUGAAAUUCAGCAGCAUUUAGGCAUGUCAAUAGCUGAAAAUGGUUAGAAAAAUACAUACAAAAGCUAGGGUACACGAAUCACCCAGUGUGAUUAUUAUGCAAUAGAGCAGAGUUGAUAGGUUUGGCUCCGAUUUGGUACAGUCCAUAGGCAAUUUUACAAGUGUUCAAGUUUAGAAAGCAGUUUGAUUAACUUUAAUUUGAAUACAGGUACUUUGAUUGAGAUAGUGUUCUCCAUCACUGCUGAUUCCCGGCUCCCACACUUACAUACACCAUUCCAUCUACAGCACAGGCCAGAAAUGGAAGAUAUUACAAGACUGGGACCUCACUGCGGAAGGUGAGAAUAGUCUCUCACUAUGUGCCCAUGCAGCACCUAUCUCACUGGGGCGGUGAUCCUUUACCUGGGCCUCUAGGGAAUGCCUGGAUACAAGCAGUGAUGAAAUAAACAGAGGAAACACCACCCAGGACAUGAAAAGAAGAUUAUUAGACACCUGCCCCCAGUGAAGUGUAGAGAGUAAAGAGCCUCCUCUCAUGAGGUGAUGAUGGACUAGGACUAGGGUCCAUCCCCAUAGUAAUCAAUAGUCAUUCGGUUCUUCCCCAUCCCCCGUGAGUCUUGCUCUGCUUCCACAGGCCUGCGGCUGGCUCUCCUCACGCCCUCAGCCUGCUCCAUACACCAUAGACCCAGAGAGGACAGAUCUAGAGGAGAAGUAAUUCUCCUCCCUCCUGGGUUCAAAUGCAGGAGAUGCUCCCUCCCAAUAAAUCUCACGACGCUCAUUUGCAUAGGAUCCCAGGUGGACCAUUGAGCAAAGAACUUAGGCUUCAUGCUUGAAUGCCAUUCACUUUAAUGGGAGUUAAGCACAUGCUUAGGACUUUUCUGAAUAAGAUUUUUAUUUAUUUAUUUAUUUUUGUAACUGGUGCCUGAGCCAAGAGACAAGACUAACAACAUACCUGGUUAGACAUAGGAUCAGACAUUUGAGGGUCAAAGGGACAAUUAUAACAACAAGGAGUCCGCAUUUUCACUCCAUGCAUCUGAAGAAGUGGGUUUUUUACCACGAAAGCUUAUGCCCAAAUGAAUCUGUUAGUCUUUAAGGUGCCACCAGACUCCUCAUUGUUUUUAACACAGUUACCCCUCUGAUAAAGGACAAUUAUGUUCAUCUAGUCUGACCUCCUGCAUGUCACAGGCCAGAGAAACUCAAUCAGCUAUUUCUGUUUCAUGUUAGCAUAUAAGCCAUACUUGCAUUUCUACCAGGAGAACUUUGUAUUGCUAAUGGAAUGGAAUUAUAUCUAGAGUAUAGCCUAUUUUUGAAGCUAAAUAGGAAGUUCCAAAUACAAGGGGCAAAAUAAAAUGAUUGGCUAUAUGGGUAAACCGCAAAUCAUACAAUUAAGUAUUGUAAUAGCGGGUGCUAUGUUAAGAUAAUAUGGAAAAUUACUUAUAGUUAAACUGCUGUGACCAUUGUUUCUUUUGUAUAAAAGAAGGGAAAAGUAGAAAACAGCGAUCUGACUGGAGACAGUGUCUGCCUGCAAGAUGUAAAAUUGUAGAGUUUGUAGUUGAGAAGGAAUAUGACAAUCCAUUAGAAUAGUUGUAAAUAAGUACGGUGUAAAAAUCCACAGAAUUGUAACCAGUUCAAUCUAUAAAGCGUGCUUGCCCGACCUCGAAUAAUUCUUUUAGCUCUUUUUUUAAACCUCCGUUAAUUUGUCAACACCCUUUUUGCAGUGUGAACACCAGAACUGGUCACAAUAUUCACUAGUGGUGUAACUAAUCCCAUAUAGAGAGGUAAUACCACCUCAUUACUAUUACUUGACAUUCCCUCUCUUAUGCAGCCCAGUGUUAGUCCUUAAGGUAUGUCUACACUACGAAAUUAGGUCGAGUUUAUAGAAGUCGUUUUUUUUAGAAAUAGUUUUGGUUGAUUGCUCUGAGUGCAUUAAGUUGGCGAGCUGCAUCCAGAGUACCGAGGCUAACGUUGACUUCCGGAGCAUUGCACUGUGGGUAGCUGUGGGUAGCGAUCCCACAGUUCCCACAGACUCCACCGCCCAUUGGAAUUAUGGGGCAAAAACAGUGUUGCGGGUGAUUCUGGGCACAUGUCGUCAGGCCCCCCCCACCCUUCCAUGAAAGCUAUGGCAGACAAUCGUUUUGCGCCUUUUUUCCUGGGUUACCUGUGCAGACGCCAUACCUCGGCAAGCAUGGAGCGCACUCAGCUUACCAUCACCAUACGUCUCCUGGAUGCUGGCAGACGUGGGACUGCAUUGCUACACAGCAGCAGCCAGGGCCGGCUCCAGGCACCAGCGCAGCAAGCAGGUGCUUGGGGCAGCCAACGGAAAGGGGCGGCACGUCCGGCUCUUCGGUGGCAAUUCUGCAGAAGAACGAAGUGGCGCGGUGGAGCCACCGAAGUGCCACCGAUCAGUGUUUCUGCGGCCCCCCCCGGCCACUUGGAGUGGCAGAAACACUGGAGCCGGCUUUGCCAGCAGCUCAUUGCGUUUUGGCAGCAGAUGGUGCAUUACGACUGGUAGCCAUCGUUGUUGUCUCCUGGGUGCUCUUUUAGCUGACCUCGGUAAGGUCGGUCAGGGGUGCCUGGGCAGACAUGGGAGUGACUCAGCCAGGUCAUUUCCAUCUUCUGCCGAGCACUCAGGAGAUGACGAUUGCUAGCAGUCCUACUGCACCGUCUUCUGGCGAGCAUCCAGGAGCUACUCGCAAUCGUAAUGCUAGCAAUCGUAAUGCAGCAUCUUCUGCAUCUUCUGCCGAGCACCCAGAAGAUGACAAUGGCUAGCAGUCCUACUGCACUGUCUGCUGCUAAGCUAAGAUGUAAAUAGAUGGAGUGGAUCAAAAUAAGAAAUAGACCCAACUUGUUUUGAAUACAUUUUCUUCCUCCCUCCCUCCGUGAAAUCAACAGCCUGCUAAACCCAGGGUUUUGAGUUUAAUCCUUGAGGGGGACAUUCUAUGUGACAGUUGUUUGUGUUUCUCCUUGAUGCAAAGCCACCCCCUUUGUUUAUUUUAAUUCCAUGUAACCAUGUCGUCAGUCUCUCGUCCCUCCAUCAGAGCAACGGCAGACAAUCGUUGUGCGCCUUUUUUCAGCCCAGACGCCAUAGCACUGGGAUCAAUUAUGAGCACUAUAAACAUAUUAUCCUGGAGUAUAUGCAGAACCAGCAACUGCCAAAGCAAAACCAGGCAAGGAGGCGACGGCAGCGUGGUGACGAGAGUGAUGAGGACUUAGACAUGGACACAGACUUCUCACAAAGUACAGGCCCCGGCAAUGUGCACAUCAUGGUGUUAAUGUGGCAGGUUCAUGCCGUGGAACACCGAUUCUGGGCCCGGGAAACAAGCACAGACUGGUGGGUCUGCAUAGUGUUGCAUGUCUGGGACGAUUCCCAGUGGCUGUGAAACUUUUGCAUGCGUAAGGGCACUUUCAUGGGACAUUGUGAUUUGCUUUCUCCUGCACUGAAGCACCAGAAUAUCAAGAUUAGAGCCGCCAUCACAGUUCACAAGCGAGUGGCGAUAGCCCUGUGGAAGCUUGCAACACCAGACAGCCACCGGUCAGUCAGACAUCAAUUUAGAGUGGGCAAAUCUACUGUGGGGGCUGCUGUGAUCCAAGUAACCAACGCAAUCAAAUACCUGCUGAAAUCAAGGGUAGUGACUCUGGGAAACGUGCAGGCCAUAGUGGAUGGCUUUGCUGCAAUGGGAUUCCCUAACUGUGGUAGGGCGAUAGACGGAACCCAUAUCCCUAACCUGGCACCGGAGCACCAAGCCACCGAGUACAUAAACAAAAAAGGGAACUUUUCAAUGCUGCUGCAAGCCCUGAUGGAUCACAAGGGACAUUUCACCAACAUCAAUGUGGGAUGGCCGGGAAAGGUACAUGAUGCUCGCGUCCUCAGGAGCUCUGGUCUGUUUCAAAAGCUGGAGGAAGGGACUUUCUUCCUGGAUCAGAAAAUAACCGUUGGGGAUGUUGAACUGCCUAUAGUUAUCCUUGGGGACCCAGCCUACCCCUUAAUGCCAUGGCUCAUGAAGCCGUACACAGGCAGCCUGGACAGUAGUCAGGACCUGUUCAACUAUAGGCUCAGCAAGUGCAGAAUGGUGGUAGAAUGUGCAUUUGGAUGUUUAAAAGCCCGCUGGCUCAGUUUACUGACUCAGAUAGACCUCAGCGAAACCAGUAUUCCCAUUGUUAUUACUGCUUGCUGUGCGCUCCACAAUAUCUGUGAGAGUAAGGGGGAGAUGUUUAUUGUGGGGUGGGAGGUUGAGGCAAAUCACCUGGCCACUGAUUACUCGCAGCCAGACUCCAGGGCCGUUAGAAAAGUACAGGAGGGCGCGGUGCGCAUCAGAGAAGCUUUGAAAACCAGUUUCAUGACUGGCCAGGCUACCAUGUGAAAGUUCCGUUUGUUUCUCCUUGAUGAACCCUCUCCCCCCUUGGUUCACGCUACUUCCCUGUAAGCAAACCACCCUUCCCUCCCCCUUUCGAUCACCUCUUGCAGAGGCAAUAAAGUCAUUGUUGCUUCACA